AAAGAAAUAAUCCCAAAUUAACAUACUCUCUAUUUUUAGGGCAGUUUGUUUUUAGGAAAAUGCUAGGGUGCCACCACACCACAUGGGUGUUAACAUGCACCAUAGAUAAACAUAUGCCUAUCUAUGCAUGAGUGAGAGAAAGAUGAACAGGAAGGAGGAGAAACGAAGAAAAUUCCAUGAAGGCCUGCUAAAAUUGCUUUAUCCGCCUCCAUCGUUGCCUCCUGAUCACCCAGCAACGGAAAGUAGCGAAGAAGAAGCCCCCUCCAUCAUCGACUUGGAUAUUGUUCGAGACGAAUCUGAGAAUGAAAGGAGUUCUUCUUCCUCUAGCGAUCGGGACAUGGGAUUUGAAGCUGGGAAACUAACUAGGGCUCAGAGGAAGCGCAUUCGCAGAGCGAAGCUCAAGGAAGGGGCUUCCCGUCGCCGGAAAAUUAUCGGCCCUUUGUUGCCUGAAGCAAGCGAUGAGAUUGGAGUUUCUGGUGCGGAGAUCGUAGAGGAGCACCCUCCAUGUGUUCGUCAAAAUGCGUCCUCGCCAGUGUAUUGUUUACCAGAAGAGGCGACACGAUGUACAAUGAAGAAGAAUAAGUUAAAGAAAAGAAGAGCCAUCAAGAAGUCAGGAAGUGCGAGUUCGAACAUUGUGGGGCAUGCCAAGUAGUGAUGAUUGUGUUGCUCCACGCCUCCUUCCAUUCAACGAUACAGUCUCCCAGGAGAACUGAUAGGAAUUUUAGCCGACAAAUGACUCCUCGCUAUGGAUCCACUUGCAAUGCAAUAAUGUGCUCCCCUGAUGUUGUAGUGCCGCUGAUGUGUUUUUUAAUACUCCGUAUUAUUAUCCAUUGUGGGAGGGAGCAAUUUAUGUUCACUAUGUAUAACUGUUAAUUAUAAUUAAUUUUAGACCUUUCU